GCCUUAGUUCUGGUGAGGAGAACGUGACAUUGAUACUUACAGACUCUAAUGUGUCACACGCUCUGAACUGACGAACUGGCUCAACCUCUUCGCGGACUGUUGACCGAUGGCUCUCCAGGAUCGCUUAGACGUCGUUCACACGGCGGCUAAUGGCCGUCAACUCAUAACACACUUGGCUCGGGCGGAAGAUGAAGCUUUGAAAGCCUUCAUUGAGCUGAGUGACAAUGCGUAUCAGUAUAACAGCUUGGGUCGCUCAAGGCAGAAGGAUGAUUGUAUGGAGUGCGAUUGCCAAUUUGAUUACGCUACCGAUCCCCCAGAAGCCGCUUGUGGCUAUGGAUCAGACUGUAUCAACCGGCUAACUCAGGUGGAAUGUCUGGCGGACGAAUGCCGUUGUCGUUCCCACUGCCAAAAUCAGCGAUUCCAGCGCAAACAAUAUGCCGAUAUUGAGAUAGUAUCGACGGACAAGAAAGGUUAUGGGCUAAGGGCCGCUACUGAUCUUCAGCCGGAUUCCUUCAUAUAUGAAUAUAUUGGGGAGGUCAUCAAUCAAACGACUUUUCUGAAGAGGAUGCAUGAAUACGCUGACGAAGGUAUCAAACAUUUCUAUUUUAUGAUGCUACAACGCGAAGAGUACAUCGAUGCCACAAAGAAGGGUGGUAUUGGACGCUUUGCGAAUCACAGCUGCAAUCCUAACUGCUAUGUUGCGAAAUGGGUUGUGGGACCACGGGUUCGAAUGGGUAUCUUUGCUAAGAGGGAAAUUUCACGAGGCGAGGAGUUAACAUUCAACUACAAUGUUGAUCGCUAUGGGCAUGAUGCUCAACCUUGUUAUUGUGGCGAGGCGAAUUGUGUAGGUUUUAUCGGUGGCAAAACGCAGACCGAUUUGGCGGGCAUGGAUGACCUCUAUCUGGACGCGCUGGGCAUCGUGGAUGACGUGGAGAAGCUAAAUUUGAAAGGCUCCAAAAAGAAGACAAGUCGUAAACUAGACGAAGAUUACUUGCCUGUUCUCAGACCAGUCGAUGAAAGCGAAGUAGCUAAGGUCGUUGCUGCCCUUCGGCAGGCUACAAAUCGGCGUAUUGUUUGCAAGCUGCUCCUGCGCAUUCGGAUGACAGAGGACGACACUGUUCAGCGUAGGAUGAUGCGCAUGUAUGGGUAUAGCAUGAUGGCGGGCAUCCUAGAUGAGUUUGGUGACGAUGUAGAAGUGGUUCUCCUUGCACUAGAGAGCAUGUUGCAUUGGCCGCUGCAAACGCGGAAUAAAGUUGAAGAUGCGCAUUUGGAAGAGCCCGUCAGCCGUUUCGCUCAAUCGGACAAUGACACGCUGCGCAAAAUUGCGAGCGAACUCUUGUCCGGCUGGGCGAAGCUAGAGUCCGCGUAUCGCAUACCGAAACGUGCCCUCAAGGAGGAAGAAAUGGACUCCUCUAGUCAAACUGGUUCGCGACCUGGCAGUUUUGGGGAGGUCCCGGCAUCCCCGAGACCAUCCAAACGGAUCAGGUUUGAUGAGGACAUCCCAGCUUCCGUAGUAGCAUUUCAACCAAUGGGCUUUAAGUUCAGCGGCCCCCCGUCAAUAACUCGAAGCACAUCUGCAGCAAACCUUAAAUUAACUGCAACGGCUGCAGCUUCACCUGUUACUGCUUCACAUCCAGUCCGCGCCGAAUUGGCGGCCAUUAUUGCGCAGGCUGCUGCUGCUUCUACAUCAGCCCCGACAGACCGCCUCAGUCCGUUGCCUCUCCCAAGGAAAACCCACCGUGCUUCAGGUCGGACGACUGACACUUCUCGGAACAAGUCAUCAGAUAUCGCGGGUAGAGACAAACGAAUGAGCCGUCUUGUGAGCGAGAUUGUUGUACAAUGCAUGUCCAAACACCUCGCGAAACAUGCGAUGAGACUAGAGCGGGAUGAUUUCAAGCGGUAUGCACGAGAGCUCACCGACCGCAUUGUGGAGAAGGAGAAGCGAUCCAGCAACUACAAGUCCGCCAGGCUAGAUACACUUUCCGAGGAAAAACAAGCUAAAAUGAGGAAAUUCGUCAAAGCUUACCUCGCCAAGCUUCGACAUCGUGUCCGUUCGGCCCCUGCUGGACUGACUUUGCACGAAUCUUCCGGAACACCAGAGGAUGGUAACGAUCCUACUAUACUACUGAAUGGAGGUACUAAAGAUCCAUCUAUAUCGCUGACGCCAGAUGAGCACCCCGUGGAGGAAGCUGAUUACUCGUCUGUGGAUGAACGGUCUUCGACUCCAUCUCCUGCUGUAUAGUAGUACUUUCUGUCAUGCCGUCGAUGCUGAUUGAUGUCUUGCCUGUAUUCAUAGUGCUGGUCUAUAAUGUCAUAUUUCUGU